AUGUCCGGCAUUAACGAGGUCAAGUACGACGAGAACGUCAAGCGCGUCACUCGCAAGGUCGACUGGCGUCUCAUUCCCAUGCUUAUUCUCAUGUACGCCAUCUCGCUCAUUGACCGUACCAAUCUGUCGGUGGCGCGUACCGCCAACGACAACAAGUUCGACGAAGAGCUCGGCACCGAUGGCGACAACAACCGCUACUCGAUCAUUACCGUCCUGUUCUUCGUUCCCUACAUCAUCUUCGAGCUUCCCUCGCAGUUCGGUCUCCGUGCCUUCGGUGCUCGUCUCUGGCUCGGCUCCGCCGUCGUUCUCUGGGGCUUCGUGAUGCUAGGUAUGGGCUUCGCCCAGAACUGGCAGACCCUGGCCGCGCUUCGUGCGAUCCUCGGUCUCUUCGAGUCGGCGCUUUUCCCCGGUGCGGCGUUCCUCAUCUCCUGCUGGUACCCCCGCAAGGAGCUCGCCUUCCGCAACGUCGUCUUCUACAUCACUUCGGCCCUCGGUUCGUCCUUCGCCAAGCUCAUCGGCUUCGGCUUCUCCCACCUCGACGGCCGCGCCGGCCUUUCCGGCUGGCAGUGGAUGUUCAUCAUGUACGGUAUCAUCACCGUCGCCAUUGGUGGCCUCGCCUACGUUUUCCUUGUCGACAUUCCUUCCAAGGGCACUUUCCUUACCGAACGCGAGCGUGAGAUCGUCAUGACUCGCAUUGAGCGCGACCGCGCCGACUCGGUCCCCGACCCCCUUACCGGCGCCAAGCUCAAGACCUACUCGCUCGAGCUCAAGUCGUGGUUCUUCGCCGUCGCGUUCAUGGGCACCACCAUGAGCUCGUACGCCCUCGCCUACUUCAUGCCCCGUAUCCUCACCAUCAUGGGUUUCAACAACAUCGAGUCGAUGCUUCUCGGUACUCCUACCUACUUCUGGGCCAUCAUCCCCGCCCUGAUCUGUGGCCGUGUCGCUGACCGCAUCCCCAACAUGCGUGGCCUCAUGAUCAUCUUCAACGCCAUCUGCAUCAUCGUCGGCACCGCCAUGUACAGCCAGCUUCCCGCUGCGCAGCGCGCCGCCCGCUUCGCCGGUCUCUUCAUCGCCACCGGCGGCGGCAACGCCAACGUCCCCCUCAUCCUUGCCUGGCAGGCUGUCUCCAUCCGCGCCCAGUCCAAGCGUGCCUUCUGCUCGGCCCUUACCGUCGCCUUCGGCGGUGUCGGCGGCAUCCUCGGCUCCACUCUCUUCUUCAACAAGGAGGCUAAGGCCGGAUACCCCACAGGUGUCUUCACCAUCAUGGGCCUCAACUGCCUGACCAUCUUCGGCACCCUUGCCAUGAUGUACUGGAUGAGCUCCAAGAACAAGAAGGCCAAGCGCGGCGAGGGCCUCAUCGAGGACGCCGAGGGCUUCUUCUACCAGAUCUAA